CCGGCGGAAAAAUGUCAUGUAAACUUACGGACAUCCCGUCUGGGACACUGGAAUGUCCUUGAUCACAAAACAGCUGCACCCUUUCGAUGUGCCUCAAACCCAAACACUACUGUGCACAGCUGCUAGCUAAAGAAGCGCAGGGGAAGAAAGGGGACACAGGCCAAGUGGUGGUGAAAUUGUUGUUGUUACGGUUUAUUUUGGGUUGUUUCGUAACUUAACAGUUGGUUCUGGUGUCGGUUUUGUACACCUACUGGCUAAACCGACCAGGGUUUCGCUCGGGAGUUUUUAAUGACCAACUGAAAUAAAGCUAGCUUUCGAGCACGGAUUGUUAGCUUAGCCUAGCCGCAAUCGGUUGUGUACCACAGGGCGUGAUUUAAGUAAAGAGAAUAGGUUGGUUUGAUGCACGUGCCAUCAAAGCUAGAGGCACCAUGAGUGCGGAGGUGGAUGCACUGACUGUGGUAAACCAGUUGAGAGAUCUCGCUGCGGACCCCCUGAAUCGAAGAGCCAUAGUUGAAGACCAAGGUUGCCUGCCGGGUCUCAUCCUUUUUUUCGACCAUCCUAACCCACAGGUUGUCUACUCAGCACUGUUGGCUGUGCGCUACCUGGCAGAAUGUCGAGCCAACAGGGAGAAGCUGAAGGGCGAGUUGGGCAUGAUGCUGAGUCUGCAGAAUAUCAUGCAGAAGAGUUCGUCACCCGGGGAGACCAAACUGCUGGCGUCUGAGAUAUAUGAGAUUCUGCAGUCAGCUGGUAAAGAAGAGGCUGAGCGGGCCGAAGCAGCUGCUGCCUCCUGCCAACGUAAAGCCCACUUCUUCCUGGGCUCCAACAACAAGAGGGCCAAAACUGUAGUUUUGCACAUUGACGGACUGGACGACUCUACUCGAAGGAGCCUGUGUGAGGAGGCUUUGUUAAAGAUUCGAGGAGUCAUCAGUUUUACUUUCCAGAUGGCUGUCAAACGAUGCGUUGUCCGCAUCCGUUCCGACCUUAAGGCUGAGGCAUUGGGAACAGCAAUUAACUCCACCAAAGUAAUGAAGGCUCAGCAGGUGGUAAAGACGGAUGACGGCGGAGAGCUGAUGUUACCAUUCCAGGAGGACUCAUCAGUGCUGGUUGAGGAGAACACAGACAUCCCAGACUACCUACCUGAGGACGAGAGUCCAUCACAGGAGCAGGACAAGGCCGUCACUCGCGUAGGAUCAGUCACAGAUGGCCUGGGCUGGCUCAGCACGGCUGCCAACUUCCUGACACGCUCAUUCUACUGGUGACAGCUUCCUAUGUUUCUUCUUCUACUCCCUGCUACGUCCAUUUGCAGAUACUCUCAGUGUGGUGUUGGACUUCACCCUGCAUUACUAGUUUUCGGCUCUCCUCUCAACAGCACAUGUGCCGGACUGCCAAGUGGAACAUGCAAUAACUUCAACAUGUGCAUAUAUUAGGCUACAUAUCCCGCAACAAGGUUGUUUGUGUACAACUAUAGACCAACUGCAGAUAUAUCUAGAGGACAUAGCCAAAGGACUCUAUAUCCAACAGAACCAAAUACGGUAGCUUUCUGGAAUUAAGUAACGCUAUGUUGAACAAGUAGAUUAACGGGAGGUUCUUUUAACUGUCAUCUCUUUUUGUGCAUAAAUUUAUUUUCUUGCAUCUUUUCCAAUAUUUGUUCAUUGAAUACUUUGUCCUCUAAAUUUGUCGCAUUUUCAAUCACUUUUUUUUUUUGUUCUGUUUAUUUUUCAGCAUGUUGUGUGCCAAUCUCGCCUGAUGCCUACAUCCACAAAUAAUUUGCGUGUUUUUUGAGAUUUAAUUGUAAUUAUUUAUUCAUACUUCAUUCAAAUGAUCUGAGCGUUAUGAGAAAAUGCAGUAAGUUCAAAGAACAAGUAGACACCAGCCACUGGCUCACAUGCAUUACACUGAAUUGUGAUUUUUAAAUCACAGCUUAUGUCCUUUUUGGCUGAUUAGUGCAGGGAUAUCUAAAUACAUUUGAACGUCAUCCAAACGUUAAUUUAUUAAAGUAAUUCAGCCCGCAAUGUGGAGGUUAUAUAUAGAUUUGUUCCCCCCAGUGAUGUAUUUCAAGCCUAAUUUCUAUUGGUUUUGGUUUACAGCCAAUAAAACCUAAAACUCAACUCUGCAUAAAAUUUAAAUAUGACAUUAGAUCAAUAAAAAAUGGUUUUUAGUAUAGAAAUGUCAGCCUACUAAAAGCUUUGUCUAUAGUAUGUACACAGUGUGUGCACUCAGUUUAGUUGGGGACCCCUCUUGCGUUAAUUACAGCAUCAGUGCGGCAGGGGAUGGAGGUGAUGAGCCAGUGGUUCUGCUGAGGUGUUGAGAAAGCCCAGGUUGGUUUGAUAGCAUCCUACAGCUUGUCUGCAUUAUUGGGUCUGGGUUGUCUCCUUGUCUUCUUGACAAUAUACUCUAUAGAGUCUCUAUGGGGUUUAGGUCACGUCCGCUGCCCAAUCAAGCACAGUGACAGCAUAGAUAUAAAACCAGGUACUGGUAUUGUUGGGCGGGGGCCAGGAAGCAUGAAGCUCUCUAAAAUGUCCUAAUAGAUGUCUUUGCUGUCUUUGGACUUUAUAAAACAUGGUGGACAAACACCAGCAGAUGACAUCACUGGCUGGGAUAGUUGUAGCCCAGAUCCUGGAUAUGUCUCCGUGUGGUGGAUCUUCAAGCUCUGACUCCAGCCUCAGUCCAGGCCUUGUUAAUCUUCUCCAAAUUUCUUGAUUGAGCUUUACAGUGAUGCACGAUAUAUUGGCAUUAACAUCAGUAUCGGCCGAUGUUAACCAUUUUAUAACCAUUAUAACAGUGUUUGUGCCAUAAGUAAAACCGGGCCGAUAUCAACAACCAGUGUUUACUUCCAUCUAGAGCUGCACCUAACGAUUAUUUUACCAGUAGAUUAAUCUGUUGACUAUUUUUUCGAUUGAGGUAUUUGUUUGGGCAUAUGACAGUGAUAUAGAUGCAGAUAAGGAUUGUGGGGUUUUAGGGAAAUAUACAUGUAUAUAAUAUCGGUAAAUAUCGGUUAUCACUCACAACAGCAAUAUUAAUAUCUGAUAUCGACAUCAGCCCAAAUUUUCAUGUCGGUGCAUCUCUAGCCUUUAACUUCACAAUCCUCUCAAGACUGCGGUUGGCCCUGUUGCCUGUGCAGCUUGUUCUGUCACACUUUUUCCUUACACUCAACUUUCCAUUAAUGCUUGGAUACAUCACUUUGUGAAUAGCCAGCUUUUUCAGCAAUGACAUUUUGUGGCUCACCCUCGUUGCAGAGGCUGUCAGUGACUGUCUGAUGGACAGCUGCCAAGUCAGCAGUCUUUCCCAUGAUGGUGUAGGUAUAAGAUAACAUUUUUGUCACAGAAACAGAAUUUUGGGUGCUUGUUAUCUGUAAGCCUUAAUCAUCAAAAUUAACAGAAAGGAAAGUUUGAAAUAUUUCACUUGGCAUGUAAUGACUCCAGCUAUUAUAUAUUUCACUUUAUUAAUUGAAAUGCUGAAAUAAUGUAACUUAGAUGAUUUUUCAUUUAUUUAGAUGCCGCUGCCUCCACCCCGUUAAUUUGUUUGAUUGUUUUUGUAAAAGGUCGAUCCAUCUAAGACAUAAUUAUGCAGGUAAAAACCCAAACCUGCGCUCCUCGGUUGGCUGUUUUUCUUUCAAAUGUUUUUUUUUUUUUUUCCGGCACAAGUGGCCUUUAUUUUUAUUUUUUUGACAAUAGGCAGACAGGAAAGAGGGGGAGACAUUCGGCAAAUGUCGCCGAGUCCGGGACUCGAACCCGGGACGGCCGCUUUGAGGACUGUAGCCUCCGUAUAUGGUCGCGCGCUUAACCCCUACACCAUUAGCGCCGCGCCCCGCCCCUUGCCUGUUUUUCUUUGAAGGCUCCCUAAGCUACCUCCGCUCUCAGCCUCCUCUUUCACAUCAACCUGGGCUGUGAUCUUCUGUCAUUUUAGUACCACCACAGCUCUGCAUGAAAAAGAUAGACCUGUAAGCUGCUUGCUUGUUAAAUAUAUCCCCGAGUUACCUGGAAUUCCUCAGCUAUUUUGUUUUGCAGUGUCGUCACCACAGUUUAGCCGGCAGUGUCCUUAAACCAGCGAUCAUGUUGGUGCACACUCACACAUUGGAAGGACUUAAACAAGCGAUGUGGAGGAGAUGGUUCAUGUAUAUUCUGUAAAUGGUGCCUCAUUCCCUGACAUGAAGGAUUUUUUUUUUUUUUGGUUUGUUUGAAUAAUUCUGGCUUUUAUUAUAGGUCACAAAUAAUGAUAAGAGCUCGUAGCAGCCAAGUUUUUUUUUUUUAUCUCCUGAAUUCACCUCAGGUUUAAUUAUUUUGACUUGUGUCAUUAACAGUUAUUACAUUCAGUGCUGACCAGGCCACUUUCAGUCUUUUGUGGUACGGAGAUGUCAAAUGGGGUUGGAUUCAAACUGGGAAAACAGCAGAGAAAAGCAUAACUCGUGAUGGCCAUGCUCUGAAAAGCAUUAAUUUUAGCAUUUUAUGUCAUCCUAGGUCAACAACAACCCACAGAAUAAUGUCAGCAGGAAGUGCAUAUGUCAGCAGUAUUACUGUCUUUUUUAUUUGUCCGUGUUGCAGUUAAUCUUUGUUGCAUGUAGUUUGUUUUCAGUAUUUCAGCUCAUUUUGCAAAGAAAAUACUUGAAAAUUGUUCAGAUUUUUGUUUUGUCGUUUGCCUUAGCUGUAAUAUUAAGAAAGAACAACUGACAGAGUCCUCGGAAAUGUUACUUCUUGUGUACAAACUCGGCAGAUGUAAUAUAACCCGUGCAGAUUUUAAAAGCUGUAGAUUCCUGUACACUGUUAAUGCGAAUGAUGAUAAACAACAAAAUAAGCGAAACGGUGCCAGUUUUCAAUUUCUGUUGUCGCUGUUGAUUUUUUAUUUUCUUUACAUGGCGUACUUUAUCCUCACAUCACUGUCCAGGCCUCCUCUCUGUGUCAAAUCAGAUCGCCGAGGGCGGCAAACAUUCCCUGCACAGAAAGAGAGGGAGAAGCAAAUUCACUUUUCUUUACUGGUGCAUAAUCGAGGUGCCUCAGGAUUAUCCUGUGGCCUGCCUACCACCCCCUCCACCCCACAGCCGAGGUGCUGGUAGGCAGUCAGAGGUAGCAGCCAAGUCCAGCUGGAAGCCUUGGAGCCACUGAUGAUGCUGAUUCUCAGCCUCCAAUGAAAUCCUGUGCCAAGCUGUGGAGAAGGCCUUUACUUAGCUACUGCAUCAUCUGGAUGGAUUCUGACUGGAAAUAAUGUUUAGUUUCAAUUCUGACCCUUCUGGACCUUUCAUUUAACUGGAAUGUGUUUUUAAAGACAUUUUUUAUUUUUAUUUGGCCACUUUAUACUCAAUGUGCAGUCUUGACUAAUAUGUUUUGCUUUAGUCCUUUAUACAACGUUCUCACUUUAAAAUUUAUUUACAUAAAUUUGAAGCACAUAAGGCAGCCUCCGCAUUUAUUGACACUGCUGGUAAAGAAGUGUAGAUAUACUUAAUCUUUUACCGCAGGACUGUUAUCUUACAUUGAAAAAUGUAUCAUCUUUCAAUUAUAGUAUAUUAAGUAAAAGGGGGCAAAAUGUCCCAACAUCAAAAUCACCUAUGCAACAAAUUAUUUCCCCCUAUACUGUUAAUUUGUUUUUAUUUCACAAGUUUAGAGCAUAAGAAGAGAAUGUUGUUUCUUCAUUUCUCUUUGCACAAUCCCAGAUGUUUUUUUUUAUUCGAUUUAGUUCUGGGGACGGGCAUUGCCAUUAAAGAAGGUUGAUUUUGUAUCUGGUGAA